UUGAGUUAUGCCAGCACAGGUUAGUGACAUCAGGUGUGCACAGUUUACACACUACUCAGCUCUCCCCGUGAAACAAGGCUAAAGGGAACAAGGAGCUCCUCUUGGAAGAGGAAAGCACAGAAACAACAAGAGGCAAUAAAACAAGGACCGGAGACGUUGUUACAUCCCGUCUUGACAGGGUUCGUCAGGAAAAACUCGUCUGUGUUUGAUUCCAAACACACCCAGGCUGGACCAAGCUCCAGCAUCAGAAACAAGCCUGAAAGAAUUCACCAACAAUCUGAUUCAGAGAGACACGCAGCUGAGCUCGUCGUGUUUGAAACGCCAGAGGAAACGUGGCUUUCACGCUGCCAUACUGUUUUUAUUUCAGUUUUGGACUUGUGGGACCAGCUGGUUCAUUUACAAAACAAACAGGCCAAACAUGGCCAACUUCGGAGGACACGCCAUCCCUGGAACCUUUUUCCUGUUCUAUGGCUUUUGGCUGACGGUGAAGUACGUCCUCCAGCACUACUGGAGGACCAUGCAGCUCAAAGGAAGAAUGGUCAUGCCUCCUUUCUUUAAGAAAAUGGACUACUUUGAAGGGGGAUUCCAAAUCUUUGCCUCCUUUGUUGGGAUUAUGGUUGAGCAGUUUGUGGUGGAUGGCCCACACGCCCGCCUCUACGACAGGGAGACCCAAGAAUGGGUCAAGCUGAUGAACUGGCAGCACAGCACCAUGUAUCUGUUCUUUGGGAUUUCAGGAAUCUCACUGGUUGUUUGUACGUUACUGAAAAAGAUCCCGGCUGGCGUGGAUCGAGUAGCUCUCUCUCUCGCUCUUUUUGUUGAAGGGUUCCUGUUUUAUCACCACUUGCAUGGCCGGGAGCUCCUGGACGCUCACAUCCACUCCCUGCUGCUGGUGGCGGUGUUCUGUGGAUCAGCGAGCAUCAUGCUGGAGGUGUUCAUGAGAAACAACGUUAUUCUGGAGCUGUUUGGGGCGGGCAUGUUCAUCCUGCAGGGCUCGUGGUUCUACCAGGUCGGAUUUGUCCUUUAUCCGUUAAAUGGAGACAUGUGGGAUUUGAAGCUACACACCAACGUGAUGUUCAUCACCAUGUGCUUCUGCUGGCAUUUAGCUGCUGCUCUGCUUUUAGUCACUUGCACCGUCUCUGCAGUUUGGUUCACUUUGAUGAGAUUCUCAGUAAAAGGGCGAAACGUUGAAAUUGGAAUGAGAGACGCAUCUCCCAAAUCCAGUUCUCAGAAGGCUUUACUAGAGGAGUCGGAUGAAGAGUGACAUCAUGAUUGCUGUUCUCUGAAAUUUGACUUAAUAUCAACUCCACGCUGCGGUGUGGAUGGCUGAAGAAAAUGUUUAGUGUGAUGUGCUUUAGACUUUUGAAAAAAUAAAAAUUUAAUUUUUUUUGUUA